AGUAAACAGAUAUUUUGUUUUUCCAUCUAAAUUGUAUAAAAGUAGCUUCAUAAAAAUGCAUACACUCAGUUCGCUAAUAAUAUUUGUAGCUCUUGUAAAUUCGUCAUUUGCACUCUGGUGCUUCGAAUGUGUGAGCACACAACCAGGCUGCGGAGAUGACUUCAAUUAUUACUUCAUGUGGAGUCAUGUGUGCAAAGAGGAUAAUGAUAUUUGUGUGAAGAUUGAAGAAACCAAAGGAGCUGAAAAAGUAAUUACAAGAUCAUGCUUAAGUCGUAUUAAAGCAAUAAGAACUGAUAUACCACCAGAUACAUAUGAAGGUACCCGAUUGGCAGCCAAAGAUGUGAAAUUGGGACAUUACGUUAAUAAUUCAAUAAAAGAGCUUGAUAUUCACAGGACUUAUUAUGACAAAAUUGAAUACAGCUUCUGUUUCUUGGAUCAUCGCUGCAACAGUGCUCCCACCAGUUUUGGAUCAAACAUUGUUGUUGUUAUAAUGUUGGGUGCCAUUACAAUUUUAGCAGCUGUAUUAUAGUUUAUAUAUAUAUAUAUUGAUUUUUUUAUGUAUUGAUAUUAAAGAU